UUUUUACUUUUUAUGUCAUUUUUAUAAUAGUAAGCUGGUGUUUACAAACAAAAAUUUAAUUUUUUUGUAUUUUUUUUUUAUAAAUUGCUUAUUAAACACAUCAACGGCUUUUUGGUACAAUUUCUUUAAGAGGAUUCCCCCCACUUUGUAUGCACAAGGCACAAAGCACACGGCGCACUGCACACUCAGCGACAAGCCACACUACCCCAAAUGGCGCUUAUUAGUUAUUAAAAUACUAACACAAAGUCACGUUAACUUUCGUAUGAAUCAUCCACAAAAACCAAAGUACAAAAACAAGUGCCAGCAGAAAACCCAUACAAAGAGAGUGGACCCCACAAUGCUCACACUCAAAUUGAGCAUAAAAUCACUCAAUUUGCACAACAACAAAUACUCACAUCGACUGAGCGACUGUCGACUUGAGCGUUGUGGAGUGGUGUCCCAGUACGUCACUCACUUGGACGCUAUAAUUACCAACUCGUUUGACCACCUACACAUAUACAUAUGCACACACAUCGUCUAAAUUGCGGCGCUUAUGCGCACUGCCGAGGUAAGUCCGCGCGUCACACAUACAACAUUUGCGCUCGACACGUCACGUCAUAGCGCCCCAACGCACACCGCUAAAUUACGCUCACCCGCACGCUAGCGCACACACAACACGAGCGCUAAACGAUUGAAGUGAGCAAGCGAGCAAGCGAGCAGGCAGGCAGUCAGGCCGACAGCCAGACAGACACACGUUCCAUACCGUUGGACGAUCGUAUAUUUUGGUCGUGUGGCGACUGGCUGCGCUUGCUUUAGCACCUAUAAACGCACACACAUACAUACGUAUGCUCAAUUGUGACUAGGUAUGUGGUAUAUGUCGUGCGGUCGUGCCUCACCUCUGAUCUCUGCACCUCGGCGCGCUGCCUCUUCGCUAGCUUACCUGUGUGCGCUCAGGCUGCCGCAUAGCAAAUUUCAACAAUGCUCCCGUGGUCGCUGCCGUCGCCUACAUCUCCACUGCUCUUCGCUGCCUUAACCGCACACAACCCUGUGUGACACCACCGUGAUUUAGCCAAACGAACCUGUCGAUCAAGCGUCAGUUGUGCACUGUGUGCCAAACGCGAUACAUAUAUACAUACAACAACUAUAAACAUUUGCACUACCAACACCAACAGAAGACACCCAUACCAACGCCAGCAGCGCAAUUUGCCAAAGCAGUCGUUGUAAUCAGCUCCUAAAAAUUCCGUAACACACACACACAUAUACGCGCGCAAACACACACACACGAACAACAUAAAUAGAACCCAAACGCGCAGCGCUAAAUACCCAGCAACCGAAUCAAGGCGCGCGCAGGCAGCAACCAAGCAAGCAAGCAGACAAACAAACAAGCAACAACAACAAGCCACUGGCAGUGGUAGCAAUCGAGUCUGGGCCGACCAGUUGACGAGUCUUUUAAUCGCACUGCGACUAGAACAUUGAAUUCAUUCGCUGAACGAACGUCGUGGUGAACGCAAGAGACUCGGUCACAAGCGGAACUCGCAAGCUAACGGUCGACGUCUGACAAAAGAAAAGUAGAUAUUUACGUUAAGUGAACAGAAGCAGAUAUCCAAUAAAAAAGUCAAGCGAAAUACGUCGCGUCAAAUGAAAGUGAAUUUUAUUGAAAACUAAUUGACUAUUAACACUUUUUGGUGGAUUUUAUAAAAAAAAAAUUAAACAACAAAUAAAUAAAUUGUGAAAUUAUACAAAAUUUGUAUAAAAAGAAGUGAAAGAAAAAACUGAAAGUGAAAUUUAUAAAUAAAAAAUUUGACUCAGAAGACAAAAGUAAUUGCAAAAGCAAAAACAAAUUGUGAUAACCAUAAAGUAAUUUGUGAUUAGUUUACAACUCAACUCAACUAAAAUAUGGUAACAGGAGUAGCUGGCCCAAAUAUGACAGCAAACGUUAUUGGAGCGCCGGUGACAGCGCUGAAAGAUGCGCCAGCAGUCAAAAGCGAUCGUCGGUCGAACAAGCCGAUUAUGGAAAAACGCCGACGCGCCCGCAUUAACAAUUGCCUAAACGAGCUGAAAACGCUGAUUCUGGACGCCACAAAGAAAGACCCCGCGCGUCACUCCAAAUUAGAAAAGGCCGAUAUUUUGGAGAAGACUGUCAAGCACUUGCAAGAACUGCAGCGCCAACAGUCCGCCAUGCAGCAAGCUGCCGACCCUAAGGUCAUCAAUAAAUUCAAAGCCGGCUUUGCCGACUGCGCCAACGAAGUGAGUCGUUUCCCCGGUUUGGAUCCGGCUGUGAAGCGUCGCCUGCUGCAGCAUCUGAGCAAUUGUAUUAACGGUGUUAAAACCGAGUUGCAUCAACAUCAACGUCAGUUGGCAAGCGCCAGCGCGCAAAUGUUGCCCUCACCGCCCAGCUCACCCGAGCAGGAUCAACAUCAUUUGCAACAACAACAGCAUGUUGCUGCUGCUGCCGCUGCCGCAGCGGCCAGCGGUCAUCCUUUUCUUGUGGGCACCCAACUGCAACACACAAUGAAUGGUUAUUUCCUACCUAAUGGCAUGCAAGUGAUACCCACCAAAUUGCCAAAUGGCAGCAUAGCGCUGGUAUUGCCACAACAACAACAACAUCACCUACAACAACAGCAACAAGCAGCGCAAGCGCAACAGCAGGCCGCACACAUGCAGCAGCAAGCACAACAACAAUUGACCGCUGCGCAGGCUGCUGCCCUAAUGUCAAUGCCCACCCGCACCGCCUCGACAAGCUCAGCUUCUUCGCACAGCUCAUCCGUCUACGAGCGCACACUCUGUUCGCCCGCUAACAGCGUUGCGCAUUAUGCGCCGCCAAGCCCAGCCAACUCAUAUGAGGCAAUGGAUUGCAAACCCUCAGUCAUACAGCAUGCACCUACACUAUCACAACAGCAACAACAAUUAAACCAACAACCACUUUCACUGGUAAUCAAAAAGGAUAUCAAAGUAGAAGAUGAGCAACCUUGGCGACCGUGGUGAAGUGUUCCCCCAUUUGGUGAAUCACUCAAGUGACUGAUAAACGCCCCCUCGUAGUAAAAUCGUGGGGCGUUUAAAAUAUAUACCAAAGCGGCGUAUUAGUGGCAGGUGUAGCAGACAGAGCUUUCAACAGCAAUUGGCACUUCUCGGAAGACAUUGGGAAGUUCAUGCUAGUUGUUUAUUUGCUUGACAAAUAUGGAAACUGCUUAAGCGCCCUAGCGAUGCGACGAUAGCCACAUCGUACACUCAUUCGUAACCAUUUCGCGCGCUUGCCUUGUGUAAAUGACGUUGAAGUUGAAAAUAUCGCGCGCUACAAAGUGAUCUCAAUAGCAGCAGCAGUCGCGCGGCAGUAGCAGGCGCAACAGUGAGUGUGACGCAGUUGUGUUGCCGUGUGCAAUAAAAAAGAAAAUCACAAAAGCACUGGGAAAGCAUUGAACGACAGCACUUAAUUGACUACCUCAGCAAUACAGGGGCGUAUCGCGGUUAGCCGCACCUCAGGGGCGCAUCAUUUGAAUUUCACUAAGCUAUCUCAUUGGAGUAUUACAAGUAUAUAUAUAUAGAAAGAGAGUAACUAAUAAUUGGCGAAUCGUCAAAGUUCGUAGUCACUAAUAAUUUAAAAAAACAUAUUUUUAUAAGAAAAUCUAGUUUAUAUUGCUUUUACAAUAAUUAUACUUUUUAAUUACAUUUUCAUUUCUCAUUUUAAGUCACAUGCACUUAUAUACUAAUAUUCGUGUCAACACUUGUGAAAAGUUAACAGAAAUGACAAAACAAUGAAAUCUUAUAGGUCUUCCCAACUUGUAAAGUAGUUUGCACUUAAUGAAUUUACAUUAUGUGCAAAAAGUAUAUUUAAUUAUAAUUUUAUUUAAUUUUAAAAUUAGUCGUAAGUUAUUUAUGUAGUUUAUAAGAAUUUCAAAUUUUUCAAAAAGAAUAAGUGAAAAAAGUAAUACCUGAAAGAAAAAAUACUAAAUAAAACAAAAGAUAAUAAAACUGAAUUUUAUCUAUUGAAACUAAAAAGAACUCUUUUAUUUGGAUAUAUGGCUAAUAUUAGUUUGGAGUAAAGAAAUAUCUUGGAAUGUAAGUGAGAAAAACUCGUCCAAGGUGGGCGCAUUUUGUGAAAAAAUUACUGAAAAUGUAUUUAAAUGUAGACAAAUAAUUGCU